AUGGCGUACCCGCUGUCCGCGGACCUCAGCGAACACGUCACCUUCGUGUACCCGACGACCCAGUUCAUCCCGCCGCCGUCGCGUGCUCUCGCCUUACAGGUUGUGAACUGUAUUCCCAAGUCGACAAAGUGCACCACCUCGAAGUGCACCGCCGUCGACGUGCAGUGCGCGACGACGAUCUCCCCUGCGUGCCUGAUCGAGCUCUACAACAUUUCGACGAUGCCCGCGAACAGCCUCGGUGUGAGCACAUUCGACAACGAGCUUGCGAACAAGGACGACCUUGCGGACUUCCUCAGCCAGGCGCGCCCUGUCAUCACGACCGGGACCUUUGCAGUGCAGUCCCAAUGA